AUGAACACCAUUCCAUUCCAGAAUACAUAUUUUGCACGACUGGUGGAUUUCCCCGUUGUGGUAUGCCGUGAAUGCCAGUAUGGUGUCUGGCCAAGUCAGAUUGAAGGCCAUUUGCAGCGUGCCCAUAGUUAUAUAUCACCUGCCGUGCGGAUCCAGCUUGGUGAUGAGGUUCGUAGCUGGCCCGAUCUCGCCAUUGAUCCCAUCGAGUUGGAGAUUCCCCCCACUCGGACACACGUCAUUCCCCAGCUCGUUGGUCCAUUAGACGGCUGGCAGUGCCAGUUAUCACCCGAGUCAUGUUGGUAUGUGUGUCCAAGUAUAGACACCAUGCGGCAACAUUGGCUCAAGCAGCACGGUUGGAGCCGGACCGCCCACAAAGGCCAACCUACCCAAUCUACCAUGCAGACCAUCCUGGCACGGCAGGAACAGGCAUGUCGACAGGUUCGAUGCCAGCGAAUCUUCCCCCGGAAGAUGGGGUCCCAGUAUUUCGCUAUUAUUGAUGACAAAGAGGACUCCCAUCCCAUUCCCACCGCAUCCAGAUCCACGAUUUGGGAACAAGCCAGCCGGCAGUAUGCCGAGUACGAGAAGCAAGCUGCUGAGCGGAUCCAGCAAGGCCAUAUCGAUGAGGCCAAUCCAUGGCUCCGUCGGACCGGCUGGGUGCUAUAUUUACACCCAUUUUCCAGCACCCAGUUGUUGGAAUAUAUCGACAUGCCCGCUAUAGAUGACCAAAUAGAUCAAUCCCCCAUUGCCGAUCCCAAUGAACGUGCCAUCCAGGCUAUAUGGAUAGCCAUGGGCCAGGUGGGACAGAUCAGCCAGCAGUCCGUCAUCCACACUGGCGUGUUUGUGCGCAUGGAAGCCAUCCGGACAGAACAACAUCAAACCCGGUAUCAGCCACUGGAGGCAUAUCAGGAUCUGGAGACGAUACCAGAGCGCAUUCGUCCAUGGCAGCAGAUAUUGAUGUUUUUUUGGCGGACACAGCAAUGUGCAUCCGACAAGAGACAUCCCCCAUAUCGAUUCACCCAACGACAACACGCCGCGUGGAAUCGACUGGUGCAGGUUGCUCGUCCCCGGAUCCCACCCCGGAGUUCGGGACGGUCGAUGGUCUUGCAACCUGGACAGCGGCGUCCAUGGGAGCUGAGCCCAUCCCCUGGAUCCAGCGAGUCGUCCGGCUCCGACGACGAAUCAUUCACCGACGACGAUGAGAUGGACGAGGAGAUCCACCAUGACCCCGAGCUGGAGAGCUCCAUUCCAGCGGGCUCCAUCCCGGAGAGCUCCAUCCCACCGUUGACCCCCAUCCAGCGGGCGUGUUUGGACUUUUGCAUCGAGCUGUUGAACCAGCGUGUGGUACACCGGGAAUACGACUGCGCAUUGGUGUGUGCCAUGGCGGUGUUGGGCGUUCGCGAUCGAGGUGGAUGGCGGACCCCGGAGGAUUACCCGCCCAUUUUGUCCAAAGUGAUCAAACUGGCCCGGUUCAUGGUGGUCCGGAAAGCCAUGGAACUGGCGGAGAACGAGGACGACGCUGAACCCGCCAGUUCCAUGCAGGAGAACGACUAG